AUGCGCCGGUUGAAGUUAGGUUACCGAGGGUCACGUGAGAUGACUACUAUCCCAGAGGAGUCAGAGGACAAGCCAGAGAAUAGUGGCAUCAGCAGCAAGGUCCUCUCGUCGGUGUCGCCUACCAGCCCUGAGCCAGAGCCUGCACGCGCGAGCGAGCCCCCUCAGGAGACGGUUUCUGCUCCCUGUCUGGACCUCAUCAAAUACAUCCCGCUUGGGGCUCUCGCAAAGCCUCUCGUGGAGUAUGUUGAGCCCGUCGCAGAGCGUUCUCGUACCCCCGUAGGCCCUCCUCCUCGUCCCCCUCGCUCCCCUCCCCCUGCACCUACACCUGCUCGCAGAAAGAAGUCCAAGAAGUCCAAGAAGAACCCCAAAGGGGAGACUGAGACGGCCGCCUCCGAUGACGAACUGCACGAGUACACCUCCAAGCACUCCUUCUCAGCGCAGUACAUCAACCGCGGCGUGGGCACGGGUCUCGUCGCGACCGAGUUCAUCCCGGCUGGAAGCGUCCUCUUCGCCGAGCGCGUCGUGUAUCUCACCUCCGCCGAGCAGGACGCCUGCGCGUCGAUCACCGAAGCGGACGAUCUGAUCGCGCGCAAGGUCCGCGCCAUGGGCGAGGACUGGUGGGGCGAAUUCCUGACACUGUCAAACCCGGGCCGCGUGACGCUGGGCAUCUACGCGGGCAUCUGGGAGGCGCACCAGGUGCCGCUGGCAGGACCCAAAGGCGGCGCAAUGCUAGGCCUGAACAUGGCGUGGAUGAACCAUGCGUGCGUGCCGAACUGCGCGCUGACGGUGGUGUGUCGCACGGGCGGGUCGCGGCGGGCGGUCGUGCGCGCCUGCGCCGACAUCGAUCCGGGCGUCGAGCUGACCAUCGCGUACUUCUACGCGGCCGGCGGCCACACGCAGCGCGAGAUCUUCACCUGGACGACCUUCGGCUUUGUGUGCGGCUGCGCGGCGUGCGUGCAUCCCGCGGCCAGAAUCGAGCGCGCCCUCCGCCGCUACGCCCGCGCCAAGGACCGCUUCGACUCCGACCCCGAGCUCGCUGUCGCCCGCCCCGCGCACACCAUCCAGCUCGUCCAGGACGUCGUCACCGCGCUCAUGGGCGUGGGCAUCCGCGACGCCCGCGUCGCCAUGCUGUGGACGCAGUGUGCGCUGCUGGCCGCGUUUCACACCGACGUCGCGCGUGCCAUCACCUUCCUUGGCAAGGCGCGCAAGAUGCUGGCGGUGCUGGAGGGCCCGGCGGGCAGCUUCUACGCGCAGGUCACGCGCUGGUACACCGACGUCGUGCUGAUGCCGGGCGAGCCCGGCUGCGCCGAGAUCCUGUACAUGAACGGCGCCGCGCCGCACGAGUAUGUCCGCGUCGGAGACUACCGCCGGCUGCCGGGUUGCGUGGCUGUUCCCCGCGGUAGCGGUCGCUACAAGCUGCUUGCGCCUGGCGGGAUCGAAGUCACCCCGGAUCCUAGCAUCCUACCUGAGGACAUGGCGGAGUCGCUGGCGGCGAGCGAGCCUGGCAAGGGGGAGAACAAGCCCAAGGCAAAGAAGAAGAAGAAGGGCAAGAGCGCCGCGCGUCCCAAGACCGACAGGCAGUGCGCCAACGAGAAGGACUUUUUGGAUCUAUGUCGCGACCUGCGGCGCGAACAUAUGAAGAACGUCAUGGGCGAAGAGAGGACCGCGACCCGGGUCAUCUCGCGCAGCCUCCAGGAUGAUAUCAACGAUCUCCAUCGGUGUCUGGACGAGAUCGAAACUCAGGCCAGCUACAUCCAGACUGUGGCGGCGCGGAAGUACGUGGUGGUGACCAAGUGCGUGAACAAGUGCGCGCUUGUACUUUUCAACCUCAUCUCGCUCCCUCCAACUUCCCUCCCCAACCCAACCCCCCAUAAUCAAACAAUUGAAAAAUCGAAAGAAAUGGCCCACUCCAAACGCAACACCUCCCUCCCUCACUUUACCUCCUACGAGCGCAGCCUCCUCCGCUCGACGUGGGGCACGAAGCGCUCCGUGAUCAGCCGCGACAGCUUCCUCCCGUUCGGCUCGUGCCGUCUGUGUCUGCAGCCAGCGCGGGCGCCCGUCGUCGCCUGCGCCUCGCACGGCGACCUCUUCUGCCGCGAGUGCGCGAUCGCCGACCUCCUCGCGCAGCGGCAGGAGAUCAAGCGGCUAGAGCGCGAGCGCGACGAGGCCAAGAAGCGGCUUGCCGAGGACGACGCACGCGCGCUGCAGGAGGCGCGCGAGCGCGAGCUGCACGACUUCGAGCUGGUGAGUAUGGGGCUGGAGGCGGCGGGGAAUGGGGGCGGGCGGAAGCGCAAGGCGGAGGAGAGUGAGCGGGCGCUGGCGGCGUUCAAGGCGAGGGAGGUCGAGGUGAACGGCACGCGGAAGAAGGUGAUUGAGUUGGAUGAGGCGGAGAUGGCGAGGGUUGCGGCUGCGGAGCAGGAACGAUUGAAGGAGGAGUUGAAGAGGGAGAAGGUAUCCCGCCAUUCACCAUAUCCUCCGUAUAGUUCAAGAAGGCGAUGCUAA